CAGCAGCAGCACAAGCGCCAGCAGCACCAAGCCGAGACUGGCCAAGGUAUCCUUCGCCCCGCUGGAUAUUGCAACGCCCUCGGCCGCCACGUGAUACGCGAAUAUGCCGCAGCACAACAUCGUUUGCGAGUGGCUGCGCACAAUUGGCAUGCCGCAAUAUGGCGAAAGCUUCCUGGAAAACGGCUACGAUGAGUUGGAGAUUUGCAAGCAAAUUGGCGAAAUCGAUCUGGAUGCCAUUGGCGUCGAUAAUCUCUCGCAUCGCGGCAAGCUGCUGAAGAGCGUACGAACGCUGCGGGAGAAGGGCGCUGCCAUUGUCUAUGUGCUCAUCAAUGAUCCGAAGGCGCUCAGCAACAGCAAUGAGAUACUCGCCUCGGACUGUGAUACGCCUGUGACAAUGAAGGAGCUGGAGGCGGUCAUGAAACGCCAUCUGGAGGCAGAUGGCAUUCGACUCACUGCCCAUCCCUAUUCGACGCCGGAGGGUAAGCGGGGUUAUUUGGAAGGCCUGGCUGCGCACUAUAGCAAACAGAUAAAUAUGCCGUACGAGGAUGUGCUGGAUGCCAUCGAGCAGGUGCGCCUAUCCAAGUGGAAGGAGCGACAUGUUCGCAUCUCGACAGGACAUACGCUGACGCGACGCAGCGCUGGCCCAAGUAGCAGCAGUGGCGGAGGAGGUGGACUGGUUGGCUCCUCGGUAAUGCCCACUAGCCACAGUCAGCCGCUUUAUGUGCCGGGCAAGUAUUUGCCGUCGAGCUGCCUCUCGAAUCGCGAGGAGAACGAGAUAUACAGUUACACCCAAAACGAUUUGGCCAAUCGGAUGGCCCGCAAUGCCAUCGACUCCAAGUCGGCGCUCAAUUUAAAUGGCAUGCAGCACAGUUAUCCAGGCGCUCGAACCAACUUCUUUUACGACUUUUCGGCAACAGAGGGACGCAACAAAAACAAGCAGCGACGCACGGUCUUUGCGCGUUUCCUGCAAGGCUUGCGGCAGAGCGGAGACGAGCUGAAUGCAACCGAGGGCAUGCAACUGAAGACCAAUGAGCGUUUGAAAAGCUGCGGCACCAUGAAACGACCGGAUCCGCCACAGGACUUUGAGAAGACCAUACAGCGACUGAAGACUCAGAAGGCGGCCCAGAAGAAACCAGCGAGUGCACCCAUGGACAUUGCUCUACAUGAACGGAAUAAGGAGGUGGCUCACAGCCUGGCCACGGAAAUGCCAUUGAACAAUUAUACGAAGCAUCCCUAGGA